AUGCCUUACACACCGCCCUCCCACCGUUCUCCCGCCUCUUCAGUGCCCCCUUCUCCCGAUGUCAGUCGAAGAUCAUCCUUGACCCUACAAAGCCCGAAUUCGCCACGACCUGCCUUACCUCGGUCCGCUUCUUAUCUUACUAGAACCCGAAGGGCAUCUUCGAUUAGUAGUAUAACUGCGGCUGCACCACGUCCAGCUGUAGAUGGUCCUACUCCGGAUACCAGUCCUUCGGGAACUUCAGCCAAUCUAAAGGGUAUGGUAGCUUUCCAAGGGACUGCAGUCAGGCAAUCCCCACCACCGGUCGCUGAUGUACAGGCUAUGCCACCGGGGGCUAUUAUCUCACCUCCAGAGUCGUCUAGUGAAGAUGAGGCGUCUGCUGAAUUGAAAAAGCGAGGACGGGAAAUCGAAAACAUGAAGGAACUGAAGGAAGCUAUUAGCUCGAUACCACAGCGCCGCUCGACAUCGCCGGUUAGAUCCUCGCCUGGUGACCUCCUGCUGUCGCCGUCACAGGUUAAAGAAUUCACUGGAGAAUCGCGCCAAGCACUUCUUACAGCUAGUCUACCUGCGAUCAACACCGGAACCCGUAAGAUUUCUCAUUCAAGGUCUAAUACGGACUCUCAUAUCUAUAUGUCAAAGUCAGCGGAUGGGUCUAUAAGCACAUCCGAGGAAGGGUCUGAGCAAGAUGAACCGUUCAAGAAGCCGCAGAUGGUACGGAAGAAGUCCGGCGAGCUAGUCCGGCCGGCGUUAAGGCCACACAAAAGGCCGUCCAGCAUGCCCGGAACGCCAACCUUUUCGAAAGCUGUCCACUUUGACUCGCACCUUGAGCAUGUACGUCAUUUUCUACAAGUUGACCGGCCGCUCGCAGUCAGUGCCGGCACUUCUCCAACGGAUAACUACGAAAGCGAUAGCGAAUACCCCUUCGGAAUUGAGAAAAAGAGCUCGCGACCAGCAUCGUUUGAGUGGGAACUUGUCGUGAACAACUUCCCCGUGGAGACGCCGACACGCAAGGCACUUCCUGUCCGGCUGGAGAGAGUGUGGAUGUCGCCUGACCAGAAGUCCCUCAUCGGAUCGAUAGCCGUAGCCAACCUCGCCUUUCACAAGUCGGUAGUAUGCAGAUUCACAUUUGACUACUGGAAAACAACUUCCGAGGUAGCUGCAGAGUUCCAUCACGAAAUUCGCCCUCGCGAUUCUAAACCUGGUUAUGAUCAAUUUCAGUUCAGCCUCAAACUGUCCGAUUUCGCCCAUCUUGAAGCCAAGACGUUGUUCUUCUGUAUUAGAUACAUCGUCAACGGUGUCGAGUAUUGGGAUAACAACGACAGCACCAACUUCCAGGUCGAAUUCCGUACGAAGGUGGUCGGGGCAAAUGGCAAGAAGGGCGUCCAGUCUACGUCUUCUCGCCCUGCCAACGGUCUACCACGUAGCACUCGACGAGCUAACCCUUCAACAGCAGCUCGUCCAAGAUCCAUGCCUGCUGGUGCGUUUGAUGAUUUUGGGCAUGAUGACGAUGACGACGAGAAAUUCCGCAGCUUCGACAGGCCCCUCCAUGAAGUACUUGGAGAGUCUGGGCCUGCCGGUCUGCGGCUUAAGGGUUCGAAAUCGACGAGUAAUCUCCCUAGCGACAACUUGUCGGCUCGACUGUCGGCCCCGAGUGGACAGGCUUUUGCCAAUCGGUACGACUUCGGGGCUUCACUCACUGCCGCCAAACAGGCGCACCGGGAGUCUAGCCAACGGAGUGAUGGCUUGUAUAUGAAGCCCAAUAAGAGAGCUUCAUUCAAUGCUUCCCCCGCCGCUCAGACGCCCAAAUCAUCUCAGCCCAAUCGGGCCCCGACCGGGUCUUCAUCUGCUCCAUUUGGACCACACGUAUCCAGCCAUGGUUCUCCUUCCUCGGCCAGCAUAGCGUCGGCCUCGUACGAAGAAAUCCUCAACAAAUACUGCUUUUUCAACGGCACAAAGCAGUCAAGCCCCAACAUGAGAGACGGAAUCUCGCGGGGUGGUCGAUAUGAUGGCAUGGAUGACAUGUUAACUCCUGGGUCGAACAGUACCAACUCGAGUUCUAAUGGCAGCCCAAAUAUUGGUGACCAGUCGUAUCAUCAUCAUCAUCAUUCCGCGAUCCACCACUCUCUACGACAGAACCUUAACCCGUACUUUGGUACUGGGUAUAUGUCAGCUAUUGGUGCUUCUCCAGCGGAAUCUCCGCUGUCGCAGCAGCCGACUAGUACCAGUACCCCUACGGGUAAUGUGACAUCUCCAGGUUCGAUGGCUGGCUUUUUUCCCCUUGCUGGUACGUCAACAUUCAAGUUCCCCGCCGACCCAAUCCCAUUCCUCGCCCACAAUGCUCAAAAUCGUUUCCCUUCCUCUUUAACAGACGCUCAUACUACGACAGCAAUCAAAAGUUAA